GUCCUUUUUCUUUAACAAGCACUGCAAAUCACUUAUUUUUUUCUCUGUAAAUUUUAUUUGUCUUAUAGGGAUAGCAAAAGGUCAGAGACUCAAACUACAUUACACUCCAGUGUGUUUGAUCUGAUUCAUUUUGGAAGAAAAUCAUGUUAAGAAUUUGUUUGAGAAAAAAUCUUCCAUGUUCAAGGCCUUUGUUUGCUGAGAGCUUCAACAGAUUAUUGUCUACUCAGACUGGAAGGAAGCUACAAGACAAGGUAGCACUGAUAACUGGGGGAGCUAGUGGAAUAGGAAAAGCUGCAGCAACAAAAUUCAUCAAUAAUGGAGCCAUAGUAAUUAUUGCUGAUAUCCAACAACAACUUGGCCAAGAAACUGCAAAAGAACUAGGACCUAAUGCUACCUUCAUAACUUGCGACGUCACAAAAGAAUCAGACAUAUCAGACGCAGUUGAUUUUUCCGUUUCUGAAUACAAACAACUCGAUAUCAUGUAUAACAAUGCAGGAAUACCCUGUAAAACUCCACCAAGCAUUGUUAACCUCGAUCUAGAAUUGUUUGACAAAGUCAUGGAAAUUAAUGUCCGCGGCGUUAUGGCUGGCAUCAAGCAUGCAACACGUGUAAUGAUCCCUCGUGGGACUGGAUCCAUUCUAUGCACUGCCAGUGUCACUGGAGUGAUUGGAGGGAUGGCACAGCAUACAUACUCGGUAUCAAAGUUUGCGGUUAUAGGCAUUGUAAAAUCUCUGGCUUCAGAGCUAUCCGGGCAUGGAAUCAGAGUCAAUUGUAUAUCGCCUUUUGCCAUUCCUACUCCUUUUGUCAUGAACGAAAUGGAUCAGAUAUAUCCGCAUCUUGAUUCACAGCGACUUGUAGAAAUUGUUCGUAAUGUUGGUGUCCUGAAAGGAGCGAAUUGUGAACCGAAUGAUAUUGCUAAUGCGGCGCUUUACCUUGCAUCUGAUGAUGCUAGGUAUAUCAGCGGGCAUAAUUUGGUUGUGGAUGGAGGUUUCACAUCUUUUAAGAAUUUGGAGUUUCCUGCACCAGAUCAAGCGCAGUAGAAGAGCUUCUGCUUUCAAUUUUUUAAUGCUUGUUUAAAGGAGGCGAUUGAAAGAGCUUGUCUAGACUUGUCUAAUGAUAAUAUAUAAGGUUGGAAAAGCAAAGCUUAUAAAAAAUAGCUCAUUAUUUGUUAUAUGGUGAAUUCAGCUUAUUUUUCUAAUUUCUCCAAGAUACCUUAUAAAAAGAAAUUAUUCAGAA